UUUCACUGUUUUGUGCUUUUGAUAAGAAUCUGCAGCAGGUGUUAGGUGGGAGGUAGAGGUAGUGUUACGAGACGAGAGCGCCUGUAUCCAGCGUUUCACAUCUCGCGCGAUCUCAGUGGCUAGCGGCUCAUCUAAUUUUAAUGCCCACAAUCAUGGCCGCUCUCCGCCGAGUGAUUUUUACCUUUGGUAAAUCGGUGAGGGAUAAUGUUGCAGCUGUUCGCGUCAGACAUGUGUUUGGUGGAACAACAGAAAAGGGUGCGAGAUCUGUGAAAUCUGGAAUUGCAGGAGUUUGUUUUGCUGCGGGUGGGGCCGCUUUCUGCUAUUAUUAUUAUUCCAGUCAACAUGACCCGUCUAUGAGCAAGUCCAAGCGGAAUAAGGCAUUCCCGUUGAGUGGCAAUGACAGAAGCAGCUUGGUGCCGCUGCCUGCGGUUUCCGCAAAAGAAAAGUUUAGGAGCCUUGAUUUGGAAGAUACAGAUGUGUACAUUUCAGCUAAUGAACAAAGAUUCAGGAUGUUUUCUUCUGUUGAGUAUGAAGGACAACUUUACAUGACACCUCAGAACUUCAUUGAAUCGGUAACGAUGGAUGAGCCCAAAAGCAGAAGGCAUUGGAGGUCUCUCUCAAAACAGGAGCUAGAGCAAAUACUGUCAGAUACACCACCUGUGUGGAAAGGAACAUCAACAUUGUUCCGAAAUCUACGUGAUCGAGGUAUUAUUGCCUACACAGAAUAUCUUUUCCUGCUAUGCAUUUUGACAAAACCUCAUGCAGGAUUUAAGAUAGCUUUCAACAUGUUUGAUGCUGAUGGCAACCAGAUGGUGGACAAAAGGGAAUUUUUAGUGCUACAAGAGAUAUUCAGAAAGAAAAACGAGAAGGGAAGAAAAGGAGAUGCAGAAAAGUCUGCACAGUUGAAUAUGCAACUUUAUGGAUAUCAGUUUGCUCCUGUAACCAGCGUUCUUAAAAGUGACAUUCAGGAGUUUGCCCCCAGAAGCUACUGGGAUAUACUAAGGCAGAGCACAAGCCAAGCACUCUUUUCAGACCUCGCAGAGGAUUAUAGACUAGAGCGUUCGGAUGAAAAUAUAAUGAUAGACACAACUCUGCUGGUGCAUUUCUUUGGGAAGAAGGGAAGGGCAGAGCUGAACUUUGAUGACUUUUACAGAUUUAUGGAUAAUCUUCAGACUGAAGUUCUGGAAAUUGAAUUUCUUACUUAUUCCAAGGGAAUGACCACUAUCAGUGAAGAGGAUUUUGCCCGCAUUUUGUUGCGUUACACAAAUGUGGAAAACACCAGCAGUUACCUGGACAAUGUACGCGAAAGAAUUGCAGAUGAAAAGGGUAUCACAUUUGAUGAAUUCCGAUCAUUUUUCCAGUUUUUGAACAAUCUGGAAGACUUUGCCAUUGCAAUGCAGAUGUACAAUUUUGCAAACAGGUCAGUUGGUCAAGAUGAGUUUAAGCGUGCAGUUUAUGUAGCAACAGGUUUAAAACUUUCUCCACAUUUGGUCAACACUGUCUUCAAAAUCUUCGAUGUGGACAGAGAUGAUCAGCUUAGCCACAAAGAAUUUAUUGGGAUUAUGAAGGACAGACUGCAUAGAGGAUCUCGAGUAACGUAUGCAGAUAGUUCUGUGCCAUUUGCCACAUGUGUGAAGACAGAGAUUGGAAAACAUUUCAGACAUCUGAGACGGCGAUAUGAAGAAAACGUUUAAUUUGUACUUUAUAAAAAGGGCUUGUGGCUAAAUACAUAGUAUUGUAUGAUAUUUAAUUCGUAAACCAUCUCUGACAAACAAGUAGCAAUCUAUAUUCUGGUUUUGAAGAUACAAUGCAUUUUUUCAAGCAUUUGCACUUGGUUAUAAGGUGUACCUCACUAACUGAAGAACAGUCUAUAGUUUUGUAAUUAUUCUCUAUUUAUUUGAAACUAUUUAUCAAGCAAAUACUUUUUUGAUUACUUAUGUGCCUUUUACUUUAGACUUCUACUUUUCUAUUGUGCAGUGAAAGAUCUCUUAUGAAAUGCUUUAAUGAAGCACAUUGUCUCUGAAUUCAAUUAGUAUAGUAUAUUGAAGUUUAGUAUAAAAGUUAACAUUUUUGUGCUUUCCUUUAUUUCUGUUAAAAUAUUUAUUGCAUUUCAAAUGUGCAAUUUUCAGCUUUUUCUCUUUUUAUAAGCCUGCAUGACAUGACAAAUUUCAGCAAUAAUAAUGAAUGUUUUCUAUAUUUAUUGUAUUUUUAGUGUAUAUAAUUGUUUAAUUUGAUUUUUCAUUCUAACUUAUAGCUAUUUAUAACCCAGUUAUUUUGUCAUGCUCCUUAGGUUUGCAUUCAAACAUUAAAAUAUAACUGGACAUAUAUUGCUCAUAUAUUUACUGUAUGAAAAAUAAUUUUAGGUUGAAUGACUUAUUCACUAUGUUAAAUGCAUGAAUACACCUACUUGUGUAAUUUGUAAGAAAAUAUUUUUGUUUUUGUCUUCUUUACCAAAAAUCUAAUUUUAUCUUAAAAUAAUUAUUCAGUAUGCAGUAAAUAUCUUAUUUGAUAAAUAGAUAAUUCUUUUGCUUUUAUUAAUUAAGGUCAUGUUUUUCACAUUUAUUAUGACUGUAUAUUAUAAAAAAUAGGCCUUUGGGUAAUAGAACUUGCAUGGGCCUCAUAGUGUUAAUGACCAGGCAGCACUGCAGCUCUCAUUAAUGUGCUGAUGCAGGAGUACAGUACAUUUAUGUUCCAUCUGUCAGCAAAAGAUCUGAAUUACUACAAGAUUCCAUGACAGUAGCAGGUCAUCCACUUAUGUGGAAGAGACCUUGUUCAUACAGAGUAGCUAUAGGGCUUUAGGAAUACUUUAUAUUGUUUCCUUUGAAAGUCAAAUAAAAUUAUU